UGAGCACGCAAGUGAUAGGAGAAACGAUGUAAAAAAAGAAAAAAAAAAAAAAAGAAAGAAAGACAGAAAAAAAAUAGAAAAGACAAAAAUAGAGAAGAAAAAAAAGAAAACGUCGAGGGGAAUGAAAAAUUAAUUAGGGGAGAGAAGAUUGGUGAAGAUGAGAGAAGGGCAUAUUCGGGGGCUUCUUUCGAAUGCCUAAAAAUCGCACGAACCUUGCUCGGCAGAUAAUAACGGGGGGGGGGGGAAAUUCUUAAUAAAAAGGGGUGGUAAAGAGAGCUUCGUACAUCAACAGAGAGGGGAAUAGUAAAAGAUUACCUUGUAAUAGUGUGAGUGAAUCGCUGGAACUAGAAUGGAGAAAUUGAUCGUUUCAAUAUAUUAUUAACGUAACUUUCGAAGAGGAAAACAAGUAACGCCGAAUGGAUCGAUGAUGAUGAUGAUGAUGAUGAUGAUGAUGAUGAUAAUGAUGAUGAUAAUAUUAUAUAUUGUUGUUAGAUUAUGUAUAAUAUAUAUAUACACAUAAACACUGAUAUAAAAAUAAAGUAACCUAGAUAAUAAGCGACCACUUAUUCACACCACCUACACGGAUACACAUACAUGCGCGUGAAAAAGUUAACCCUUUAUUUAGCGAGUCGAAAGAAAGUAAAGAAAUUUAUUUUUUCGAAUAACUUUUUCUUUUUUUUCUUUAUCAACAUAUUUCGAGCAAAAAGUAAUCAAUAUCUCGUCUUAAUUUGAUUUAAUCGAGAUUUUUUUCGAUUUUCGAUCGAUAUGUAUAUAGAAAAAAAAUUCGAAAGAUAUUGAAACGGCCAAAUUAAAAUAGUCGUGCCAAAUAAAAGGUUAAUGGAGGAGCGAAUAUACACCGACAUCACGAAACCACCAUUCUCACACGAAACACAAAACAAGAGACAGAUAAGAUUUCGUAGUUGUACCCGUGAACAUCCCCCGUCAAACCCAUCCCCCUGAGCACGAUCUCGGCUCUUGGUUACGCGUAAAAAAUGCAUAGAGUCCUACUUUCUCUACUUCGACUCUCCUCUUGACCCUUGAAACGAUGGGAAAAAAAAAAGAAAAAAAAUAAAUAGAGAGAGCCAGGGAAGGAAACAGGAAACGCGUUUUCGGAGUUUCUUCCUCCACAGAUCGCGUUUCCUGCCCAUCUUUCCUUCAUAACUGAAUAAAAAGAAAAUAAAAACGGAACAGGGAAAAAAUUUCAAGUAUCAAGGAGGAGGCGACAGAGUCACCGAAAUCAGAGUCUCCGAAAGAAGAACGAAAACGAUAACGAAGCGGGGAAUAAAAUCAAAAAAAGGGAGAAAGAAAAAGAAAAGGAAAAGAAAAGAGAAGGAUAAUCGAGCUUUCCUCUUCCUACGUUGUACGAGAAAUUCACGGCGUUUCUUUUAGCUUUCACGGCGGGAGGGAUGAAGGACACACAAAACGCGAGAGAGAGAAAAAUAAAAAGUGAGGUUUAACAAAAAAAAAAAAAGAGAGAAAUAAAAAAAUGAAAAAAAAAGUAUAUAAAAAGAAAAAAAAAAUGAUAAAGCAUGAAAAUGAUUUUUAGGGGCGCGCCUCAUCGUUAUAGCUCUUAAUACAAUAGUAAUAUUACGAGUAAUAAACAAAAGUGAAUUAACCAGAAAUAUGCGUUUAUGUUAUUUAGUUCUAAAAAAAAAUGAAAAAAAAAAAAAAUGUAAUAAAAGUCAAUCGUGUUACCAACCCGUUCGUCUCUAUUUAUUUAUCAAUCAACCUCUCUCGAUCGAGCUCAUCCACCAUUUUCGUCGCACGCCAUUUUUCAACAUCCUAAUUUUAUAUUUAAUCGGACAAAAAACACGAUAUCGAAUUUUCUUUCGUAUCGAAGUUUCGACAACCGAUUCGAAACGGAUUCCGCUGCGCGUGCAAUUCGCGCUACUCCCAAUUCUCUUCUUUUUUUUCCUUUUUUUUCUUUUUUCUUUUUUUUACGCAAUUCUCGCAAGCGAUUUCAAAAUUGCUUGUGAACGCGCUCUACCUCCACUCCUCGUGCCACUUCUGUCGAUUGACGACUCCGCUUAUUAUUUUUUCCAACCAUCGUGUCGCUCAGUGCGAAUAAAAACGUUGCCGCGACACAAACGUGCGUCCCGCGUGCGCCAACACAUUUUCGACACUUUUUGGAAAUGGAAAGUUAAUACCCGAUAUCGAUAUCGAUCGCGACGAAAUGAAGCAAACUUUUCUCUUCUCGCUCCUUCUCCUCGUAAUUCGCAAUUACUCCUCGGCCGAGAAAAUAACGUUGGGGAUCGAUCUGAACGAGCCCGUUGCCGUCACCGAUCCCAAGUUUCUCAGUUUUACCAUCGACCCGGUAACCCUGUUGGCCGGAAAUGCGGUCAGCACUCAUUUCGAGAGAAGCGUAAACCUGAUGAGAGCCUUGAGUCCAGCGUAUUUGCGACUCGGAGGGCCGCGCAGUACCCUUUUCCACUUUGCCGAUCAAAAUUCCGAGGAAAAUGGAAAGAAGAGAAAAAUCGUGCUAUCCGAGUCCGAUUGGGUAUUGGCCCAUCAGUGGGCUGAAAAGGCAGGGUUGGACGUGAUCGCCUGCGUUUCGCCGGACGAUCGACGAAGGAGGACGAUCGAAGGGGGCGAAGAUGCGUUGGAGAUAAUCCCUUUCAGCGAUCACAUGGGUUUUAACGCCAACUGGCAGCUGGGUUACGAACCCCAAAUUAGAUGCAAUCUGACGGGCAACGAUCUAGGGAGGCAAACGUUGGAUCUACGAAAAUCGUUGAACCAAUUUCCCAGAUAUUCCAACAGCGUGAUCACAGGGCCGGACGUUGUGAUCUACGAUAACGAGAAGCAUCUAAAUUAUCUUCGAGAUUACUUCAGUGUAGCGAUUCCCGCGCUCUCAGCGAUCACCUGGCAUCCCGACCUGGCGAGCAUUACUUUGGAUAAUGGAGGAGCGUUCAUACACCAGGAUAACUUGGAAGAGGAUAAGGAAGAGUUGUUGAAAGCUAUAGGUCGAUUCGUUGACGAUCGACCCUUGUGGAUCGCCGAAUCGAGGCCGGAAGAAUGCAAGAAUCUGUACAUAGGGGCUCUCAUCUUGGCGAGAAGACUAGGAAAUUCGGCAAGAGCAAACGUGAACGUGAUCAUGAGGCAACCGGCAGACCUGACUUAUCCGACUCCAGAUUACUGGGUGUCUUUGCUCCACAAGACUCUCGUCGGACGGCAAGUGUUCGACGCGAAGAUUCGAAGCGUUGGCAACGAGGAUCACACCUACCUCUAUUGCCAGUGCGCUUCCAACAGACACGAGGAUGGAUCGAUCGUGAUUUUCGGGGUGAAUCUGAAUCCUAGCGAAGUCGCGUUCCAUUUGGAAGGGAUUAACGCGACCGAACGCGUUCACGAGUACGUUCUUACGCCCGGUUUCGACGCGCCCAAUCGAAUGUUUGCGGAGACCAUCUUCUUGAACGAUAAACUGUUGACUCUGAUCAACGAUACGGUCCCCGAGAUGCGACCAAAGAUUCUCAACGACACGAAAACACAUGGUGUUGAUCUCCGUUUGCAGUCGGGCAGUAUCGGUUUCUGGAUCAUUCCCAAUUUAAAGAUAAAAUCUUGCAUGGGAAACGAGGCACCGAGAACGGAAGAGAGAACUGCGCGAGAAGACAAGAUCGACGACAAGAAUACGAAAGAAACAAGCUCUCCUCAAGGAAGAGGAGCUAGCUCGAGUGAUAUCGAUAAGAGGAAACGGAGGGGUGACGCGUCGAUCUACAGGAACAGCAUAAAGAGAGAACUGAAGAGGUUGAAAAGAUUCGUGAAGAAGAAGCUGGACGAUUACGAUUACGCGAAAUCGUUGCCCAAGCUGUUCAACUCUAAGGAGCAAGGUGGAAAGGGGUCCACGCUGUCCCAAGAGGACGUGCAAAGCAAGUUGAAGGAGUACAAAGAUCGGGUGACGCGGUUGAGGAAUCUGAUGGGAUCGAGCGACGCGAAGAUGGAGUUGAGGAAAUCGAUCGGCGACCUGGUCGGGGACGUGAUAUCCUUAAUGUUGAAGAUACAGAACGCUCUGGAAACGAUGAGGAAGGAGAUCGAUCGCGAGAACAAGACCGAGUCGUUCACCAACGUGAAAGAGACGUUGAAGUCUCUUUACGAUCUCUUGAUGAAUGCAAACUUGUCCAACGAGUCGAUCGAUUCGAGAGAGAUGGAACGAGGAUUGGACAGGGCCAAGAGAGAAUUGCUCCCUUUCGACUCGAAAAGAAGGAGUGAUAACUUAUCGAGGAAACGGGGAGCGAGGGACGAGGAUGUUGAGGAAGGAUCUACUAGAGGGAUCGAAAGAUGGUGGAGUAAGAAGAAGCAACCGAGUUUUCUGGAAUUGGACAGCGAAGAAGAUGCCGAUUUCUACCGAUUCGAUAACUCCUUCGUUAACGAGGAUUCGUUCUUAAACACCUACGACUACGAUUACGAAUUCGAGGAUUCGGAGGAGCAAGUUUCAACGAUGGAGUACAUCGACGACGUUCGUACGUGGAACGAGGAUGAUGGUUCCUUCUACCACGAGCCCGUCCAACUUUUCAAGAAUUCGAGGAACAAUCGGAUGAAAACGAGCACAGGAGCACCUGAACUGUGGGAAGUGGAAGCGUACGAGGUUGGAAGGAAGGAUAGAAGGAAGGGGAUGGUGAGGAUCGAGUCGGAUGGCACGAUUCGAGAUAGCAAGUUCUUGGAGAAAUUCGAGGGCGUCUCCUUUCCGAAAAAUCAUCGACCCACGUAUACCAACGUCCAACCUGACGAGUCUGCCAUCCGAUCCUUCUUCUCUGGGCGAGCGCAACCGAUAGGGAGCACGAUGUACAAGAGAAUUCCCGAUUUCUCUGCUCUCAAAGGAUCGAAUCCUUGGACCGAUUACCUCGGGAACAAGAGAUCGAAAAGGGGGGAAACGGAUUUGCGCGCAAUACUGGAUCAGGAGAUGAUCAAGGAGGACGAUGCCAACUCCAAGGAUUGCAACUGCAGGGUUAUCCGUCGCUCGGAAACUUGCGAUUGCCGAUCGAGAAGGGGCGCCAUCGAAUCGUUGGAAUCGCUCGAGGUCGACACCGUCGCGCCCCCCAAACAACAACUCGCCGGUUUGGACAAGGAUAUAGUGCGCGCCAAUUUGCGGGAGGACACGGACGUGGAGGUGUUCGCGGAGCUGGAGGAGGGCGGGCCGAAAAUAGAGAAAUCGACUCGGGACGAGGUCGAUUCGUCCGAGAUCGGGGAGGGAUCGAGGAACGCUCGAGAUCCGCGCCACGAUUCGAAUAUCCCUGCUUUGGAGAGCCGAUCGGACCUCCACCCCGAAGUGGCGUCGUCGGCUGAUCAUCCACGAUUCUCCUCUAUUAUUUUAAACGAAGAGAAGGAAGAGGAUCGAUCGAGCGAAAGAUCGGUGAGACGCGAUGCGAGCAAGUUUCUCUCCGAGGAGGAGAGCACCACGGUUAAUAACGAGGAAUAUACUUUUUCCAACCAAGAAAACUCUACGGAUUUCACGGAAGGGGACGAGGAGACUGAAGAUGGGACAAAGGAGGAGAGUUGGAUCGAGACCACCACCGCUUUAUCGGAGGGAAUCGUGAGGAGAGAAGAAGCCGAGAGCAACUACGAUGAUGUAAGUUCGAAACGAGGGGCAAAAUCCGAGCAACCUUUGCUCGGCAGAAAGGCAACGAAAGUAGGAACGACCGAUUUCAAUAAAAGUAAGAAACGCGCGCCGAGAUUAAACGUGGCGAGACAAUCCGAAUUGUCGAAGAAAGUGAGAACGUUGCAGGCUUUGAGGGAUUUGUUCCGCAAGUUGAAGGAGUCGCGCGUGUUGCUCCCGAUUCCGAGAUCGAGAUCGGCGGAAAGGGGGGCUGCGGCCGAAUAUCGGAGGACUCGGGCUCAACAGGUGAAACAAUUGAGGGACAAGUUGCGCGACAAGAGGCAGAUGAUGUUGAGGAAGUACGAGAGGGGCGUUCGCGAGGCGGUCGACAAGGAGGAGAACGUGGAAAAGAGGAAUCUGAGGAGAAGGGAGGCGUGGGAGAGGAUCAAGGGGAGCCAGGAUUUCCGAGACAUGAUCGAUCGCGAGAAAUUAGCCUACAUGCUCAUGUAUCGACCGACCAAGUACGACGAGGAGAGGAGGGAAGUUGGGGAGAGCGAGGAGGAUGACGUACCGGCGACCGAGAUAUCUCUCAGGAAUAGGGAUACUUGGAGGAGGAUCUUUAAAAAUGACGAGAAUUUCCGCGAUCGUUCUUACGAUAAUUUGGAUCGAGAUGUGGUGAGAUCGGAGGAUUUGCCAUCGAGCGGGGAGAAAAGAGGAGAAGGAUCGGAUGAAGGCGAGAGGAGAGACGAUGUCUAUUUCGCUCUGGUGGAAGAUGUGGAGAGGCCACGGAUAUACUAUUACGAAGAGAAUCCAGGGAGCGAAGGGAAGAGAAUUAUGAGGGCAUCGCCUCGACGCUCGCCCAACCACGCGUACAAUCGUCUCCUGCAAAAUAAUCUCGGAAGUAUUAAAGUCGUUCGAUAUUCCGACGACGAGGAAGAAUCGGAUCAACCCCCAGAGGGGAAAGAAAUAUACAUAAUCGACCCAUCCCGGUACAAAGGAGGGGAUCCUAGUUUGCAAUUGUACAAAAGUUCGAGGAUAUCGCCCGAUUCGCAAAAAACACCUUCGAAAAGAUACAAAAUUAUUUGGAAGCCUAUCGUAUUCAAACCUUUCAGGAUUCGUCAAUCGACGCAGCGCAAACGCGAGGAUAAGAGCGGAGAAGAAUCAACGGAAAAUCUUCUCAACGAUUUCAUCGAUUAUCUAGAUCCCAAAACCGUCGACGAGCUUCUCAAAUCGGGGAACGUGAUAGUGGACGAUAAAAUGGAAAAUUUCAUGCACUCGAUCGUCGAGAAACAAGAACCGGUUACGCGGUCGGAAGAUGAUCGAGAAUUCGAGGAAGCGAACGAGGAAAAUUCCGAUUCCAAGGGAGAAUCUUCGAAGAUAGUCGAGCAACAGGGUGAAAGUUAUCGAAAUGUUACGGAAGGGAGAAUCGAAGGUGGAAAUAUAUCCGAGACUUCGAAUAUCACAAGCAGCGAUAACGGAAAGAUGGAUUCGAAAAAGAUGGAAAUAAAACGGAAGCGGAGAAACGCCGUUACCGAAUCGAGACAAGGAGAAUAUUUCGAGUCUCUGCCUCCUCUGUUUUCUCUUCGUAAAACCAACAAUUAUUCGUCGCGUUCGAAGCAAAGUUCGAAGGAAAUUUCUGACGAAAAUCUUCUUCUAAGAAUCGAACAACAUACGAAAAGUGAAUCAAACACGGAGAAAAGUAAGAGAGAGGGGAAAGGGGCAAGCUUGAGUUUAGAAAAAUCGCCCCUCUCCGACGAACACGGAACGGCGUUGGCGUGGAUGGAAAGAUCCGGAAGAAGGGUUCAAAGAGAAGCGGCAGAGAAUCGAGAGAAGAUGGACGAAAAUACCAACGUGGAAAAGAUACAACCGUCCGAAUUGCAACAUCUGGACGAAGCAGCUUCGAGCACAAAGAUCCCGGCAUUCGGCGAAAUCGACGACGUCGAGAAAUCGCUGAUUCAGAAGAUACCGCUUGAAAAAUUCAUGCCGAAAGGGAGCAUCGACAGGAGCAAGAGGAAGAACGUAAGGAGAAACAAGAAAGAGGAUGAUGGAUUGUCGUCCCUUAUAGAGAAGAGUCUACCAAAGAUAGGGAAUGUGGUAAUCGACGGAUUGAACAAAGCGGAAAAUUUCACCGGGUCGGUGGAACAGUUAAUCAAGAAUUUGGACGAGAAUUAUAAUAGGACGAUCGGGAAGGAAGAUCGAGAAAGGGAUUCAACAAGUACCAGAUCGAUAGAUCCCGCUCAAAACGUUUUUCGAAAUGCGAUAACGAAUGUAAAAAAAUUUUUCAUGUUGCUUAACGGAGUCACGAAUAUUCUUCGGAACAACGGAUAACAAUUCUUUUCAAUCUUAUAUAAUAUAUCUUAAUUUUGUAUUAUAUUAUUCUAAUUUUAUAAAAUAUUUUUCGUGUAAUUUUUAUAUUUUUUUGACCUAAAUA